AUGGCUCAAAAAACUAAGAAGGUAGACCAAACAGGUGGACACUUGACCAGUCACAGGGAGAAUGGAACUGUUGGGACUAAGCCCCAAAGGACUCUGUGCAAACAGGCCAUGGAUAAUAUGGAUAAGAUAUGGGUGACACCUGUGAAAGAUAGCAGUUGGUCUCAACUGGGUUGGAUGAACCUAUUACUGUUUGACAAUGUUACACAUGAUGUCAUAACAUUGUAUUAUAACUUCCUGAAUGCUGAAGCCAGGUCCAAAAAUCAAAUUCAACACAGAUGGACGAAAUACUCUUCUAGAUAUUAUCACUCCAUUAGGAAAUUUGUGAAAGACGAAUUCAGAGGUCAAGAGUUUGGACUUGAACUAGAAGACAAGCUUACAAGGAAUUUGGGUAAAAUUGAUUAUGAGGAAGGGAAAUUAGGGAUUUGGUCUCUUGAGAAAUUAAGUAUCUAUUCCCUUAGAACACGCUACCCAAACUCAGCAACUGCCAUUUCCGUUCAACCUCUAAGGAAAGCUCAGCUAGGGCAAAGAAAUCUUCCUCAAAAGUCCAACAACAUGUCACAACAUCCAUCGUCAUCUGGUUCCAAAUCCUCCCAACAUGCAAUGACUCCAUCCAUGGAGUUUAUAGAUGAUGAUAUAAUGGACGUCACCCCUUUGUGCAUGAUACCGGGCAACACCACAGGUACCUCCUCCAAUGCUGGAGAUAAGCAAGGUAAUACCUCUGGUAACUCCUCUCUUCCAAAAGACAUGUAUUACACUGAUUGCGCUAUAAGGAGACUAGUUAUUAGAAUACUGAGUGAAGGACAUAAAGUUGAAGGGGUCUCUACCCCUCUGUCCAGAAGGGAACCUUCUCCUGAGAGAAAACCUCAUGCUGAUAAAGAUGAUGAUUCAUCUAGAUCAGAAAAAGAGGUAGCUGCUGAAGGGCUUUGCUCUCUAGGUAAAACCCUACCUAGCAAGAGACAAAAUGUGCCUCAAGAAAAUAUUAUUGACCUGGAGGAAGAAAGCACUGAAGGAGAAGAUGAUCCUUUGGUCCAUCUGGUUAAACCUAGCGUUGCUGAAAAACUGAGAAGUAAGAAAGGAAAAAGUAUGGCUAAAAUGAGAGCUGCUAGAGUGAAGAAAACUGCAGGAGUAGGACCCUCAAAACCCUGGAGCAAGGUUGAGGUUGGAAAAAGAAAAGAGAGACACAGCUCUGAUUCUGAAGAGAAUGUUAAAGAUGAUGUCCCAGAUAUCUCCCCUGCAAAAAGGCAGGCAGUUCAGAAAUCUCCUAGCAAGGCUGCUACUGUCCAUCUAGACAAUAUCUCCUUUCAUUUGGAAGAUGGAGUAGCAAAGUGGAAAUAUGUCAUUCAGAGACGAGUAGCCAUUGAAAGAGAACUGGGUCAAGAAGUUGUAGAGGUAAAGGAGGUUAUUGAGUUGAUCAAAAAUGCUGGACUCAUGAAGACUGUGGCAACUCUACCCCAAUGCUAUGAUGGGCUGGUUAAAGAGUUUAUUGUUAAUAUCCCUGAGGAUAUUCAUGAUAAGAACAGCAGGGAGUUUUGCAAAGUUUUUGUAAGAGGCAAAUGUGUAAAAUUCUCACCAAAUGUCAUCAACAAGUUCCUAGGAAGGGGAAUGGAUGGAGGAGUAGACUUAGAAACCACCGACAAUGAGGUAUGUAGGACUAUCACAGCUGGCCAAGUUAAGGAAUGGCCUAGUAGAAAUCCCCUAUCAGCUGGAAAACUAAGUGUUAAAUAUGCCAUCUUGCACAAGAUUGGCUCAGCUAAUUGGAUUUCUACUAAUCAUGCAUCUACUAUCUCCAUCAAUCUUGGAAGAAUUAUUCAUGCUAUUGGAACAAGGUUACCCAUUGCCUUCCCUUCCCUUAUUUGUGGCAUAAUCCUAAGUCAACAACCAGGGAUUCUGAGCACAAGUGACAUACCAAGCAGGAGAAAAUCCCCUCUGUCCAUCCAUUACAAGCUGUUUGAGGGAAGUCAUGUCAAUGAUGUCAUGACAUCUGCUAAGAGGGAGCCUGCAUCUAAAGGAAGUCUGAUUGAUCAACUGAAAGAGACAUGCAAAGAACUGGACAAUGGUAUAAGGGUGGCCAAGGCCAGAAAAGAAGCUUUGGAAGUUCUUAUCUGUAGCCUGGAGAAGGAAGAAGUAGAAAAGACUGGGAAGGACUCAACUACAAGAUCAAAAUCCCAAUCCAGUGGAAGUUCUGGAAGCCCAGAAAGUUCUGAAGGUACAGGUGAAGAUGAAGAUGAAGGUGAAGAAGAUUCCUCUUCUGAUUAA